UUUUGGGCCUAGAGGUAGGGUGUAUGGUAAAAUUUCCUAAAGCUGCUUUUGGUCCAAAUAGCUGCUAUUGAAACAAAUAGGGUUCAGCUUUGAUCUUCAUCUCGCGAGGCAGACAUUCAUUCUCCUCCCCUCUUUGCCGUCAAAAAACAUUCGCUGCUCAUCGAACUUCUCCUCCAUCUCUCUCUGCUGUCACUGAAAGGUUCAGUCUUGCUCUCCUCACCAUACUCUUUCAGGUUUUGUGUGAUGGAAAAUGGAGCAAGAAGAUGGUGCUAUAUUGAUUCAUGGAGACAUAAUUAGCAUCAAACUUGGUGAUAUUGUUCUAGCUGAUGCACGUGUUCUUCUUGAAGGAGAUCCUCUGAAGUUUGAUCAGUCUCCUUCCCAAAAUUGCGAAAGCAAAACUGGAACUGGUAGGCGAUUGACGGAAGAAGCACAGUCAUUUACUCCAAACUGAUAUACAGCCAUGGCCUUGAGAACAGUGACGAGGAAGAUAGGGAGUAAACUGUUACCCAGGUUUUCUCCUGCAUCUCUAUUGCAUUCUCAUGCCACAAGCUUUGGAUUCAAGGAAGUACGGGAAGAGGAAAAAAGUCAAAUGGUUGGUAAUGUCUUCAGCAAUGUUGCUUCAAACUAUGAUACAAUGAACGAUUUGAUGAGUGUAGGAUUACACAGAUUAUGGAAGGAUAGAUUGGUUUCCAAACUGAAUCCUUUUCCUGGAAUGAACCAUCUUGAUGUGGCUGGUGGAACAGGUGAUGUUGCUUUCAGAAUACUAGACAGUAUAAACAGCAUCAAACGUAGAGCUUUGCUGAAUGUUCUUGAAGAUGACUUUCAGGAAGAAACUAAGGUGUAUGUAUGUGACAUCAAUCUCAACAUGUUGAAUGUUGGUAAAAAGCGGGCCAUGCAGAGAGGUCUUGGAGAAGACAAAUCCCUUCUAUGGGUGGAGGGAGAUGCAGAAGCCCUGAGUUUCGGAGACAAUACAAUGGAUGGUUACACAAUUGCAUUUGGGAUCCGGAAUGUCACACACAUAGAGAACGCACUUUCUGAAGCUUAUAGGGUACUAAAACGGGGAGGAAGGUUCCUGUGCCUUGAACUCAGCCAUGUAGAGGUACCUGUAUUCAAAGACUUCUAUGACUUUUAUUCAUUCUCAAUCAUUCCCACCCUAGGAGAGCUAGUUGCAGGAGAUAGAGAAUCUUAUCAGUACUUGGUAGAGAGUAUUCGUCGCUUUCCACCACAGGAGACAUUUGCUUCAAUGAUUGCAGAUGCUGGUUUCCAGAAGGUUGAGUAUGAAAAUCUAGUUGGAGGAGUGGUAGCGAUUCAUUCAGGAUUGAAAAUUUAGUAAUGAACUUGAAAAAAAUUGGGUAGUUAGGUUUCUGUUAGCUCUUCAAAUCGAAUCCAAGAAACUAAGUAGGUUACAAUAAAUAGGAUAUAAAGUCAAUUGAUUUUUUUUCUUUUGGUCGAAUAAAGUCAAAUUGAUUGGUUGUAUAUUGUGUCAAAAUUUCAUUGAAUGAGCCAGAAGAAAACUGGCUUCAAGUAUGACAGCAUGUUCAUUUGUUUGGAUUACAUGGUGAAUCAACCAAGACAUGAAAAUUAUAGCA